AUGAAAUAUCUUCUAUUUUUCGCCUCGCUCGGUCUCGUUGCCGCCGAGGAUGGCCUGAAGGGCUGGCUACGCUAUGCAUCACUACCAUGCUCCAGCCAGUGUCGUCGCAACCUUCCGUCCGGCAUUGUUGCUCUGAAUGCCACCGAGACAAGUCCGGUAUACGUUGCGGGCUCAGAGCUGCAGAAAGGAUUAAAGGACAUCUAUGGCAGCGACGCUCAUAUCACACACAAUCAGUGCGAAACCAGCUCCGUUGUGGUCGGCACUAUUGACCAGUACCGUCAAACUUGUGGCCAUGGGGACGAGCUUCCGGAGCUGGAUGAAGAUGGUUUCUGGUUGAGCACCCGUGGCCAGGGUGUUCAGAUCCUGGGUCAAAAUGAACGGGGUGCUCUCUAUGGCGCCUUUGAAUACUUGUCAAUGCUUGCGCAGGGAAACUUCUCUGAGGUGGCCUUUUCAACGAACCCGUCUGCGCCUGUACGAUGGGUCAACCAGUGGGAUAAUAUGGAUGGUAGCAUCGAGCGUGGCUACGGAGGAGAGUCCAUCUUUUUCAAAGAUGGGGGUAUUGUCAAUGACUUAAGUCGGGCCGCCCAAUAUGCUCGCUUGUUAGCCUCUAUCAGGAUCAAUGCGGUGGUUGUCAACAAUGUGAAUGCCAACGCCACCACCCUAACACCCCAAAAUAUCGAAGGACUUGGUCGAAUUGCCGAUGUCUUCCGUCCCUAUGGUGUACAGCUUGGAAUCUCACUCAAUUUCGCAACGCCCCAGAUUUUGGGUGGCCUCAGCACCUAUGAUCCCUUGAAUAAAUCCGUGAUUCGGUGGUGGACGAACGUCACAACCCAAAUCUACGAGCGUAUUCCCGAUAUGGCAGGCUAUCUUGUCAAGGCCGAUUCUGAAGGUGAACCGGGUCCAGAGACAUACAACCGGACCUUGGCCCAGGGAGCGAAUCUUUUCGCCAAAGCCCUCCAACCAUACGGCGGAAUCGUCAUGUUCCGUGCCUUCGUCUAUAAUCAGCUCAACGAGUCCAACUGGAAGGCAGAUCGUGCCAAGGCCGCAGUCGACUUCUUCAAGCCUCUUGAUGGCAAAUUUGAGGAGAAUGUCGUCGUCCAAAUCAAAUACGGACCUAUCGAUUUUCAGGUCCGCGAGCCUACGUCACCGUUGUUUGCGAAUUUAUUCCACACCAACACCGCCCUGGAGCUAGAGGUCACGCAGGAGUAUCUCGGACAACAGUCGCAUCUGCUUUACCUGCCCCCACUCUGGAAGACAGUCAUGGACUUUGAUCUUCGCGUGGAACGACAGCCUUCUGUGGUCCGUGAUAUUUAUACAGGCAAGCGGUUCAACCGCAAACUAGGUGGUUCGGCGGCUGUUGUCAACGUGGGUUCAAACGCAACCUGGCUCGGAAGCCACCUCUCCAUGUCGAAUCUAUACGCAUAUGGUCGUCUGGCAUGGGACCCAGCGGAGGAUGCACAGGAAGUGCUGGAAGAUUGGGUCCGUUUGACAUUUGGCUUGGACAGUGAAGUCCUUCAAACUCUUACAAAAAUGUCCAUGGAAUCGUGGCCGGCCUACGAGAACUACAGCGGUAACCUGGGCAUACAGACGCUGACGGAUAUUUUGUACACCCACUACGGACCCAAUCCUGCUUCUCAAGACAACAAUGGAUGGGGGCAGUGGACCCGUGCAACCCACAAGGCCAUUGGCAUGGACCGCACCGUAUCAAAGGGUACGGGUUACACAGGCCAAUAUCCCGCCGAAGUCGCGGCCAUCUAUGAAAAUCUCGACACCACCCCGGAUGACCUGGUCUUGUGGUUCCACCAUGUGAACUAUACCCACCGUCUACACUCUGGCAAAACCGUGAUCCAGCAUUUCUAUGACGCGCACUACGAGGGCGCGGAUACAGCCCAGACAUUCCUCACCCAGUGGGAGUCUCUAGAGGGCAAGGUCGAUGGAGAACGAUACGAGGAUAUCCGACGACGUCUCGAUUAUCAGACUGGUCAUUCCAUCGUCUGGCGCGAUGCGAUUGUCAACUUCUACCACAAUCUGUCUAUGAUUCCGGACGAAAUGAAGCGUGUGGGCAACCACCCCUGGCGCGUCGAAGCUGAGGACAUGGAUCUGACUGGGUAUGAAACCUACGUCGUCAGCCCCUUCGAAACGGCCUCAGGAUCCAUGGCCAUAGUCACGAGUUCCAACAGCACUACCGGCACAGCGACAACAACACUUGAUUUUUCCUCUGGGGUUUAUGACCUCGCAAUCAACUACUAUGAUCUCUACGGAGGCGUGUCUCAGUGGGAGGUUUAUCUAAACAACCACACCGUUGGAGCAUGGAGUGGGAACAAUGAGUACACUCUCAGUCACACUCCUUCAAUCUACUUAGAUGGCCAUUCUGCUACGCGCAUCAACUUCCGAGGAAUUCAGGUCAAUCAGGGUGAUGUUCUCAAAGUUGUCGGCAAACCCAAUGGCAUUGAGCCGGCUCCACUGGACUAUAUCUCAGUGCUCCCCCGGGGAACAGUGGACUAA